AUGGGCAUAACCCUCUACCUUGAUCCUUGUACAAUCAACUCUCGCAAGGUGUUAUCGGGUCUCGAUCUACUCGGAGUGCCCUACGAAAUCAAGAACGUCUCUUUCUUCAAGGGCGAACAAAAGAGCCCCGAAUUCACGAAGGUCAACCCGUGCCAAACCAUUCCUGCGCUUACCGAUGGCGACCUCGUCUUGACGGAAUCUAAUGCCAUCCUGGCUUAUGCCGCCGACCUUUCCAAAGACGAGUCUUUCUACCCGAAGGAUUUAAGAAAACGCGCUCAGGUCAACCGUUGGCUACUAUGGGAGGCUUCGAUUUGGUUCGCAACCAACUACGUAUACGUUAUCGAAAAUGUGGCCAAGCCAUGGAUCUUCAAGGCAGACCCAGAUUCCAAGGCACUGGGCGAUGAGGAGCCGAAAUGGAGAAAAGGUGCUGGCAUCCUGAACGACCAACUUGGCAAGAACAAGUUCCUUGUUGGGGAUACUCCCACGAUUGCCGAUAUUGCGGUCGCUGCUCCAUUGCACCUGUGGGGACCGUCAAAGGUGCCUAUCGAUGAGUACCCGAACCUGAAGCGGUGGAUCCAGGAUAUCGAGAAGAUCCCUGAGUGGAACAAGCGGCAGGCUGCUGUGGAUGACAAUCUAAUGCCCGGUCACAAAAGUGCCAGCGGCAUCAUCAAUGGUACAAACAACGGCACAAGCAAUGGAUCUGUUCGUGCAACAAUCAAUUACACCAAAGACCUCGGCGACAAGCUCACGGAGAUAUACUUCUACGAGGACGAGAAAGCUAAGGGCAUUCACGAGCCGGGUGAUGAUCCACACGAGAUGGCCUUCCAUGACGGUUGGCACCGUGUGCACGAGUUCUCUGAAGACAGGCACGGCUUCGCGGUCAAAGAUUUCAACGCCUCUUUCAACGGCGCUUGGGAGGAUGAGGAGGCCGUCAGAUCCAAGUUCUACCCGGAGAUCGUGGAGUUCCUCAAGCGAGAGACUGGUGCGAAGAAGGUCUUGGUGUUCGACCAUACCAUUCGCACCGCAGCGAACCAAGCCAAGAAGCUCACGCAGGAGACAAAUACCAGCCAGCGAGCCCCUGUCAUGUUGGUGCAUUGCGACUACACCGCCGAGAGCGGCCCGUUGCGUGUGCGGCAGCUGCUACCGGACGAGGCAGAGGAGCUGCUGAAGAGCCGCGUGGCGUUUAUCAACGUCUGGAAGCCACUCAACAAGGUGGAGGAACGUCCGCUGGCAAUGUGCGAUGUCAGCUCCGCCCCGCCAGACGAUUUCUUCAAGCUCUACCUUCGCUACCGCGAUCGUGUCGGAGAGAACUAUGUCAUGAGGCACUCGGACCGCCACAAAUGGUGGUACUUCCCUGAGAUCACGCCGGAUAAGGUCAUUCUGUUGAAAACGUACGACAGCGACAAGAACCGCGCGCAGUUCGUGGGCCAUACAGCGUUCGAGGACCCAACGAGCGCAAAGGACGCGAAGAUGAGGGAGAGCGUGGAGAUUAGGACUAUUGCAUUCUUUUGA